AUGACUGCAAUUCAUCUGGAUAGAAUUAUUAUGCUCCAAAUCAUUUUGCUAUCUUCCAAUAUAUUUUCUAAUAUCCUGAGUUUCACUCUGGUGACAGCAACAUUCACAGAAUCUGAAGUUGAUCCUAAUGGCUACAUUCUGUAUUGUCCAUGCAUGGGUCGCUUUGGUAACCAAGCUGACCACUUCCUUGGAGCAUUGGCUUUUGCGAAAGGAUUAGAUAGAACUUUGGUACUACCUCCUUGGAUUGAGUAUCCCCCAGCUGGAAGCCCUGGACCACGAUCGAUGCAGAUUCCAUUUGAUAAAUAUUUUCAAGUGGAACCUUUACGAGAAUACCAUAGGGUGAUCACUAUGGAAGAAUUCAUGGAAACCUAUGCACCACAGUUAUGGCCGGUCAGUCAGAGAAUUGGUUUUUGCUACAGCUACCGAAGAGAGAAUAUCUGUGGGAUGAAGGAGGGGAAUCCAUUUGGUCCAUUCUGGGAUAAUUUUAAUAUUGAUUUUGAUUCUUAUGAAAGUUAUGGUCCAUUGGGAUAUACCACUACACGCUCACCUGUCAGGGACGCUUGGGAUACAAAAUUUCCAGCAUCCAAUUAUCCAGUAAUUGCAUUUAGUGGAGCACCAGCUGCCUUUCCUGUCAACAAAGAACAUGUUCCCUUACACAAGUACCUCCUGUGGUCUAAAUUCAUUGAUGAUCAAGCAGAAGAAUUCAUCAGAAAUGAGUUAGGAGAUGGCCUGUUUGUUGGAAUUCAUCUCAGACAUGGAAGUGACUGGAAAAAAGCAUGUGACCAUGUAAAAAAUGACAACGUUGGGAGGCAAUUAUUUGCAUCACCACAGUGCCUUGGUUAUAACAAUGAACAUGGGAAAUUGACCUAUGACCUCUGCUUUCCUGGAGUGGAUGAGAUAUUAAAGAAAACAAAAAAAGCUGUGAAAAAAAUCAAAGCAAAGGGAGUGUUUGUUGCUACGGAUGAUAAUCCGUUGAUAAGUGAACUCACCAAAAGCUUAAAAAGUCAAAAGGUUAAGGUAGUGGUAAGGAAACCGAAAGAACCACAUGUUGAUUUGGCCAUCUUGGGUAAAUCUCAUCUUUACAUAUGCAACUGCGUGUCUUCUUUCUCGGCAUUCGCAACCAGAGAACGUGAAGCGUCUGGAAAGACAACUUGGUUCUGGGGCUUCAAUGAAGAAAAAAAAAGAAAAAAAGAAGAACUCUGAAACUAUGCAUUUUUCUUGAUCAGCAUUCCUUUUUGUAUUUUUAUUUUUUUUAUGUCUUUUUCAUGAUAGUAACGCUCAAUCAUCAAUUUGUUUUAAUAUCUAUAAAUAUUCUCUGCAGCCACAUUUGUUUGGUAUUUCCCCAAUUUGGGUAAAUUGUUCACAUUUUCUGUAAUUUUCAUCGUAUUCAAUCUUAAUUUUGGAAU